CCAAUAGAACCGCGACUGUAACUGGAAUCCUGGUACGGGCUAGAGACAGAGGCAGAUGCCGAGCCAUACUCCACGCUUCUCAUGACAUUUGAUCUCUGAACUCCAUACUGAGCAGGGGCAACCGUGUUGGCAGGAGGAGCUGGCGAAAAGUUAUAUUUGGGAUCUGGGAUGCUUUCCCAAGGUCUGCCAUGAUAAGGGACCCUGGGAUUCGAUGCAGAGGGAAUAUAAGCCGACUCGUAGAGCUGAGUAUCGGGAUACCGGAAUCGCGGCGGUUCUUCCGCGACAUGAUAUUGAUUUGGAUGUGUCGCCAACAUGUGGUGGUCAUCGCCAGCGGCGUGGGGUUUUGCAUCAGGAUGCUGGCCACUCGAGGCGGAAUACAUCCAUUGCGGUAGCGGAGUUCUCGACAUUCUAUGCAGUUGGAUACGGACUUUCGGAAGCCCGAAUACCCUUUUUCUUUCUUCUAGGGCCUGCUCGGGUUGAAAAGUGCCAAAAGCCGAUCUUCCGAUGUUUUUGCAGGCUAGGCAUCCACAAUAUGGAACUCCGAACUGGUGAAGCAAGGUAUCGCCAACUUAAGAGAAAGGUUGAAUGAUGCCCAAUCUGGAGAGGAUAAUCGACAGGGGCCGGCAAGCCACUGAAACAAAAUGGCCAAGUACUACGUAACGGUAUACCGAGCGCCAAAGUCUCUUCA